CACUUUUUUAUUUGCCGUGCUGUGAGUUGUGAAGCUUAUAUAGAAGCUCUGCGAAUCUAUCGUGAUUUCUGCGAAGAAAAUAAUUAACAAGUUGUAAUAUUCUGCACAAAAGUGAGGUGAAAGGUAAAUUAUUGAAUUGACGAUAAAAAACUGCGGAGAUAGCUUUGAAUUUUGUGAAUUUCUGGGAAUUUCCAGGAAUGACAGACAAUUCCAACGAUUCCUCAGUAUCCGCGGUGAGAUUCCUUGCCUCAGAAGUCUGUAGCAAGGUAUCUAGGAUCUUGCCACGGUGCUCCGUGUGCCAUGAAUCCUACAGCUUUCCCGGACCCAAUAGCCGAUACAAUCAGCACCUACCGGUGCUUCUCUCAUGUGGCCAUAUAAUUUGCGAAAAUUGCCUGUGGCAAUCAAAAUCGCGACACUUUGUCAAGUGUCCAUCAUGCGACAUCCUCAUUCCGCUCAAUUUGAAAAGGCGAACUUCUGAGCAAUUUGAGUACAAUUUCUAUGUAUUCGGGCUGAUUAAGCACAUUACGACGUACGGAAAUGAUGUCCCUAUUCAGGCUUCUCAUUCAUCCGUGCCCAAGUGCGGAGAGUGUUUCAAUCCCGUGGCGGAUAGAAAGUGCCUCCAGUGUGAUUCACUCUACUGCUAUGAGUGUUUCAAAAAAGUCCAUCAUUUCUCCAAUGUCCUCCGGACACAUCAAACAGUUGAAUUGGCAUCCCCAGUCAAAUUCACUCAUACGCCAGCACAUUGUGAAAAUCAUCCAGAGAACCAUUUGAAUUUCUACUGUGAGACUUGCGAGAGGGCAAUCUGCCUGGAGUGCAAGACCCAGUCUCACCUCAUUCAUAGCGUCAAUCAGUUGUAUCAGCGAAAUGUGGAUACGCAGAGGGAAGUUCCAUCCUAUAUCGCGCUCCUAAAUCAGCUUCGUCAGCUGAAUAAGAUGUCCAUCGAGACCUGCAAUUCGACACUGCAGACAGAAAAGACAUUUGCCCAAGACACAAUCGAUGAGAUUUCCAACUAUUUCAUUGACCUCCAUGGCCAUCUCCAGCUAUUGGAGUCGCAGCUGGUGAAGAAGGUGAUUGAUCGAUUCAAAGAGAAUCUUAAGAUCAUUCAAAAGGCCCAGGAAACGCUCAAAUCCAACAAAGACCAAAUUGAAUGCAAUUUGGAGAAGCUGAAUUAUUACAAUCGAAACACGCCAUACAAUCUUGACUUGGAAUCUCUCUUGAAAGAGAUCAAUUCGUUUGCGAAGGAGUUGCCGUGUGAUUUGAAUGUUUUCCAAUUAUCACAAAAUCCAUUUACGUUCGAAAAACCUCUAAAUCCGCUCAAUCUCGCAUCUCAAUUUGUCCUAAAAUGGGCUGAUCCUAUUCAAGUGAUGCUAAAACCCUGCCACAAUAUCAGCUCUCCCCCACACUAUCAACCCAGUACAUCGAAUCGGGGCGCUGUGCCCAAGAGCUACACUCCGCCUCACUCAGAUUUAAGGCAAAAGCCCCAAAGGGAGCGACUCCCAGGGAAAAAGUCCCAGCCUGAGAUUGAGCCAUCGUGCUCCACGCGCGAAAGUUCGAAUUUUUUGGAUCAGAGUGUGGACAUGGGACAGCCAAAAGAGAAAAAACACCGAAAACAUUCCAGUAGCCAUAAAAAAUCCUCACGAGAUUCUAGUGCUGAGAGACGUUCCCAGAAGGCCGUACUCUCGCCCAGGGUUAAGUUGUUGCCAAAGAUUGAGUCAGAGUCCGUGAGGGUGAGCCAUAUCAAGAGUCCUCAUGAGAUAUACAUCCAAAAUCUUACAUUUGUCACGAGUGUUGAGCACUUUGUCGAUAUGUGCUCGGAUGUAGCACAACAGCAAGUGAAGACUGAAGAUAUUCUUACAGGGGAAAUGUAUCUACUAAAGGACAUUAUCGGUGACAAUGAAAAAUGGUAUCGGGCUGAGUUGAAGACGUACAAUUCAGCAGAGAGUUUGUACGAGAUGCGACUUGUUGAUUUUGGGAAUGUGAGGAAGGUGACAAAGAGUCGAGUGAGAACUUGUCCAGAAAUAUUGAAGAAACAACCACGUGGAGCCAUUCAAUGUUCCCUGUACAAUUUGCAUCCACGAAAGGGAAAGUGGACCGAUGAGGUGAAUUGUUUGCUGUCAGAACUAGUGCAGUCGGAUACCAUUACAAAGAUGACUCUGGGGACAGAUGGUGAUGUUCAUUUGGUGGAUUUGAUUGUCAUGAAGAAUCUCACGCCAAUCUCAAUUCGUGAUACACUUAUCAAAGUCAAUUUGGCAAAAAGUAUCAGCACCACAGAUCAUGGCAUGAAUCAACUUAUUUUUGAGCUGAAUAAAUUCAUUAAUGCAGCACACUCUGCCAGUCCAAAAUUCUACGCACAAACAGUUACUGCGGGUGGAUACUUUGCACCCAAAGUCAUCCAUAUCGAAUCCCUCGUGGAGUUUUACGUAAUGAAGGCUCUGGAUAUUCCCAUGUACGAGAAUCAGGGACGUGCAAUGGACCAACAUUAUGAAAAUCCCAAAAACAUGAUGGACAGGGUGUAUUCGCCAGAAAUUGGGAUGCCAGUGGCACUCAAUUACAAUGAUCAUUGGCAUCGUGGUGAAGUGAUUGGAAUCAUGGGUCCACUUCAAGUGCAGGUGCAACUUGUGGACAUUGGUACAAAGCACACAGUUAGCCUCAGGAGUCUCCGGAUUCUACAUUCGGACUUUAUGAAACUGUCGAAAGGGACUAUUGCUUGCGCUCUCGUCCACAUAGCUCCGACUGAACACCACAACUUCCAAUGGCCUCCUGAGGCUCUUGAAACUUUCAGAGCUCUCACGAGUACCAAUAAUUUGGAAUUGUUUGUUCAUAGUCACCAUCCAUCCAACAACAAUUUCUUCAAUGUGACACUGUACAGCGUGCGCAAGGAUAAAAAUAUCUCAAUUAACGCGCAGCUUGUUCAGCUGGAAUUUGCAACGUCUACUGGAUCGGAAAGCAUUCAGGUUGAAUUUCAAAAGGACAUAGAUGAUUCGGACGAUGAUAAGGGCAACUUGACAGGUGGAAGUUCGUCCAAGAACAAGAAGAAACGAUCCUUUCGCAUUUCCUCCAAGAUUGUCAAUGUAGUUACUCCAGGGGAGUUCUAUGUGAUCUUCUUGCACCACAUAGGUGCAAUUGAACACAUCCAACGCAAAAUUCAGGGUCAUAUGGCCAAUUAUGUGCCACCAGAUCAGUUUCCCAUAUGGAACGUGAAUGAUUUGUGCUUUGUGCAUACAGAAACGCCAGAUGAUCAGAUUUGUGAGUGGCGUCGAGCAGUUGUUAGGCGUAGGGAUGAAUCCAGUGAUAAGUAUGAAGUGUACUUGAUGGACUUUGGUGUACAGGUGCAGACCAAGAGUUCUGCUAUGGCACCAUUGGUUGACAAGACACUUCAGACAGCUCCCUACGGGGCUCUUCGAUGCCAUUUGUCACACAUUGAACCAACAGCUGGCAGCAAGGUUUGGGCAUCGUCUGCCGUGGACAAACUCAGAAGUUACUGCACAACAAAGAAAUUUGAGGGAUAUGCUGUAACCAUGAUGGGACCGUGGGUGAAUAAUUCUACUCCAGUUGUUCUCUGGGGUCGCACCGAAGAAGAUGAUCCACUACAGCCGACAAUUGUCCGUUGGAAAAAUAUCAAUGAAUCCAUGGUACAUCGGGGUUAUGCUCAUCUUACGGAAAAAUUCCCCAGUACAUUUGACAAUGACGAAGUUGAGAUUCAGUUGAUGCUGCGCAAUCAGGAAUUUGAGGAAUUUAUUGGGCGUCUCAAUGAAUGCGGUGAACAAUCCAGAGCUAUUGAAAAGGAUCCGCUAGAGGACAAGCUCACUUCAGAGAUCACAAUGGUGACGGAGUGGAAGUCAGCUGAGCCUUGGACUGAAGUGAUUUUCAUGGGAGUGACAACAUGUGUGGAUAAUAAUGGGAUUAUCUACAUGUACAAUGUGAAACGUCGCGAACUCCUGGACGAAAUGAGAGAGAUCGCUCUCAAUGUCCUGUCUGAGACCCUACCAUCGCCCGUUGAGCAAUUCUGGGCAAAGAAUCAGCCAUGCAUGGCCAAGUAUCAAUUGGACAAUAAAUUCUACCGUGGAAUUGUGAGGCGCGUGGACAAGGAUAAGAGUCAGUGCUUGGUGCAAUUUGUUGACUACGGGAACAUCGAGGAAUGUGCCUUCAAGGACAUGAGGAAGAAUCUCCUCUUUGGGGAUAUUCCAAUUUUGUCCUAUCGAUUCAAAUUUGGCACCAUCGUUCCUUUCAAGCGCGAUGAGCCAUGGCCAUGUGAUGUCCUUGACAAAAUACACGCCUACACUGUUGGACAUGAAUGCACAGCAACACUCACGGGUCCUCCUGAAAUCAUCCACUCCAACAACAGAGUUUAUGAUAUAAUCAGCCUUCGGAUGGGAAGUCUGGAUCUUGUGGAUUAUUUGUUGGAGAACGAAAUGGCAGUACGGGCUCAGAAAGAGGAUACUAUCGUGGAACGCACGCAAUUGGAAUGCAUCCAACCAGAUGAUGCAAAGAAAGCCAAAAAGGGCACGGCGGAGAAGCAAAAGGAGAAGCCCACAUUGGAUACAAUUUCCAAAUUUCAGGACUACUUCAAGCGCCACGAUCUGACGUUGGUGUCUGACAAUGAUGAAGCAACUGGUGGAAAUGAUGAAUCAGACAAUUCGGACUAUUUUGUGACAAGUUCAGAUUCCGACUGCACAGCAAUGGAAGAAGAUUUGGUGGAGACUAUCAAGAAGAAGUCUCUUGGCCCUGAAUCUUCUGAGGAAUUCAAUCCCACGUAUACUUCAACCAAAGUUCCGGAUACGGAGGAAAUUUUUAUGCAGCUGGUUUUGGAGGAAGAUUGUGAGGAAUUUGAAGGGAUGACCACUGAAGUUGUCUCGCCGACGGAUUUGUGGUUUUAUCCGGAGAUUGAGGCUCACAUAAAUGAACAACAGAGAUUGGACAAGUGCCUCCAGGAAUAUUCCUCACUCUAUCCGUGUGUGUCAUCCCUGACUCCAGGAUCACCGUAUCUGGUGAGAUAUGAUGAAGAUGGACGCUGGUAUCGGGCUCUAGUUGAUUCGGACAGGACCGUAGAAGAUGAGAUCCUUGUGAAAUUUGUUGACUAUCUCAAUACAGAGAUGGUUAGUCUCAGGCACAUCAAGAAUCUCCAUCCGAGUCUCCAGGUUGCACCUCUGAGAAACAUUCAACUUCGCCUGGCUGAUGUACGCGUCAAUCCACGCUACCGUGCUGAAGAUGUAGAGCGUGAACUCAGGAAGUUGUUGCAUCAGAAGAAGGUGUAUGUGAAGAUUUUGGAGAAGGGGCCACCACAUCUCGUGCAGAUCUUUGCAGGAAAAGAUGCCAAAGAGGUCAUCUAUGAGCCACUCAUUGCAAACAAAUUCUACAUUCGUGAGAGCAAUAAGUGAGGCUUUUUUUUAGUGUUUCUCUAUUUCUUCUUAGUUUUUUCAUUACUUUUCCUUAUUAUUAUUAUUAAUCUCAUUUAUCAUUGCCCACAGAAGUAUUUCUUUAGGAGUUACACAAGAUUAAAAGUACUAGAACAGAAUCUCAGCAAAAACUUACUGAGAAUUGCUGAACUUUUUUUUAUAUCAUGACAACUGAAUUUUUCAAAGAAAAAAAAAGACUUGAAUUAAUAAAACUUGAUAAUAAAAUCGUUUCUUUAAAA